GAAGGGGGUGUGUGGGGGAGAGUUGCCCAGUUCAUCCUCCAACGGGGGCUGGGACAGCAGGGACGUCCCCCCGCCCCAUCCACGUCUGCACCUCUGGACAGCAGCCAGGCCACCCACACAUCUGGCAGCCACUGGGGCUAAUUUUAGCUGGGCGGGUGCCGGAGCGGGUGCCCGGCAGGGCAGGACGCAGCCCGCGGGCUCCCCACGCCCCACGGCUGCGGCUCUUGAGCCUCCCGGCUCCUGAUUUUUUUAGCGCUGGCUCCUCCGGGAAGGGCCAGGAAGCAGAUGGGGGAGUCCCGCUGAGCCCGUCCCCAGCCCCGCACCCCAGCCCCACGCCAUGGCUGGGCUGCUGAAGAGCCUGGUGAGCGCCUCGGAGAAGGCAGCGCACAUCGCCCGCCUGUGCCGCCACGAGGACGCCCUUUUCCAUCUGCUCGUGGCCGAGAAGACGGGCGCCGACAAGAACCAGCGCUUUGUGCAGGACUUCAAGACGCUGGCGGACGUGCUCAUCCAGGAGGUCAUCAAGCACAACGUGGGCCGUGAGUUCCCGGAGCUGCGGGACCACAUCGGCGGCGAGGAGUCCAACGAGUUCAGCAAUGGGCUGGGGGAGACGGUGGUGGUGCGGGUGUGCACCACGCAGCGUGACACCGCGGCCCUGCUCUGCCGGGUGCUGGAGAACAACCAGGCAGCCGCCGAGCUGCUGGCAGCCGCCGUGCACCAGGACGUGGUGCUGAGCGACCCCGAGCUGGAUGCUGUGGCGCUGAGCGUCCCCGCCGGCGAGCUGGCCAUCUGGAUAGACCCCAUCGACUCCACCAACGAGUACAUCCGCGGGCACGAGGACGUGGCGCCCGAGGACGGCAUCUACCCGUCAGGCUUGCGCUCCGCGCUGGUGCUCGUGGGCGCCUACGAGCGCUGCUCGGGCUGCCCCGUGCUGGGUGUCAUCAACGAGCCCUUCUUCCGACGGGACCCGCUCAGCCAAAGGUGGCACGGCAGGUACCACCUGCUCUACAACCGCCCGGCCGAGGGGGCCGCGGGCGCCCAGCGCUGGGCCAACCGGGGGGGCCUCGUGGCCUACGUGCACCCCCAGCACCUGGAGGCCGUGCUGGCCGCACUGGCCACCGUGCCGGGGCUCUGA